UGAACAGAGAGAGAGAGAGAGAGAGAGAGAGAGAGAGAGAGAGACAGACAGACAGGGGCGUGGAUGUCGAAUCAACUCCAUGAAGUAAAACACCCAGCCUUCAGUUCUCAGCUGGAGCAAGUGACAGCAGCAUCAAAGAGUUAGUAAAACUACUACUAACUAAUUGUGUUUAGGUGAAUUAGGCCUACAGCAUUAAAGCGGGACAUUUGACCACCUGUGAACCAUGGAAGAAGACGCGUCCCACGCCGAGGGCAGCAGCGCCCACACCAGCCCGCAGCAACAGCCCGAAAACACAGAGAUCCUGAUCCCGAGCUUCAGCCCGUCGUCCGCCCCGUCCUCCCCGACCAGCACCCUCUCCAGGCUGGGCUUUAAAAUGCCUACCAGCCCGACUGCGGCCGCGCCGGGAAGCCCUGUCGACCGCGGCCAGGUGAGCGCCAUCACCGUGGUGGCGCUGCUGGACAAGCUGGUCAACAUGCUGGAGGCGGUGCAGGAAAACCAGCAGCGAAUGGAGCAGCGGCAGGCCGACCUGGAGGGCGCCGUGCGGGUCGUGCAGGGCGACGUGACCCGGCUGUCCAAGACCCACGUCAGCACCUCCAACAGCGUCAGCAAGCUGCUCGAGCGCUCCCGUAAAGUCAGCGGGCACCUGAAGGAUGUGAGGGAGCGCAUGGACAAACAGGCGGUCCAGGUGAAGAAGCUGGAGGCAAACCACAGCCACCUGCUGAAGAGGAACCACUUCAAAGUGCUCAUCUUCCAGGAAGACAAUGAGAUCCCCUCCAGCGUGUUAGUCAAGGACUCCCUCAUGACCCCACAACCAAGCCAGUAUGAUGCAGAAUCCACCAACCCUACUCCGUCUGUUAUGGGCUCUGUUGAUGGCUUCCGUGGCCAAGAGGAGGGUCUUCAGACCAUUAGCCUGUCCUCAGAGGGAGAUGAUGAUCUUGCAGCACACCGAGAGGAGGAAGAGAUGCUGGAGGGUGAGGACACAAUGGGUUUGGGCACUUCCCGCACAUUUGAGAGAAGGGCUGACAAGUUCAAGCGUUCCAGCCUGAAGAAGGUUGAUAGCCUCAAGAAGGCCUUCUCACGGCAGAGCAUCGAGAAGAAGAUGACCCAGAUCACCACCAAGAUUGUGCCACCGGAAAAGCGUGAAAAAAUCAAGAAGAGUCUCACCCCAAACCAUCCCAAGAACCCGACUGCCAAGACCUCCUCUUUCAAGGUGUCUCCCAUGACCUUCAACGUCAAGAAGGUCAGAGAAGGAGAGGUCCCCACACAAGACAUGGGCUCACCUGAGGAAGAAGCCCAUGUGGAGAUUCCGCCUCUGGGAAGCUUAGAUGGAGAGAUUCCCUUGGCAGAGGUACAUACCCAGGAAGGCGCUGUGGAGGAGAUUCAGGAGAUGCUGAGUCCCUCCACCCCAGAGAGCAUGAAGGCAGAGCUGGCAAUCAAUGGAGAGGCACACAGCACUGAGUGCGAAAUGAAUGGUGAUCGUUCUGCUGGCCUGGCAGUUCCAGAGAACGAUGAAGAUAUUGGUGAGGAGGAGGAAGAGGAGGAAGAAAAAGAGAAACACAAAAGCCCUGUUGAGAAAGCAACAGACACCAAGAUUCUAACAGCAACGAUUGCUGUAGAGCAAGUGUCUUAAUAUGAUUUCAUUUUAGUGAGCAUCGAUUCUAGUUUUCCAUCCUUUCUUUUCUUCCUAAAGUUUCUACAUUUAUGAACACCCAGCAGGCACAAAUCAUCCCUCCAUUAUAAACAGUCUUGUGUUCUUGUCAUAAACACCCACAUACACUAGAAACAUUCUCUCGGCUUCCUAAGGUAUUCCAUCCUUGGGCCAUUCCUGCAAUACUACCUUUGAUUAACAACAGCAUAAGCAACUAGGUUAACAACUAGAUCUCAGAGUGUAUCAGAAUCCAAUGAAAGUGCUUCCUAAACCCUAUAGCAGGGUUGUCCAAAGAAAGCAACAUUGCACCAAUUCACCAUAACUCACUCCCAUCAACUGGUACCCACCUCUUCAAUAGCAGCACAUCUCCAGGGCGUUGGGCCAACUAUCUCCCUCCUGCUGUGUUUGUCUGCCUCUGAAGCUCUUUUCCUCGCUGACAAAUAGCCUCUUUGUUCUCUGUGUUUUUGUGAAAAAUAGUAAAUCUUUGGCAACAGUGGUACUGCCCACAGCCUGUUGAGGCAGUGUGUUGCCAGGUUGUGCAAGAGUUGGAAUGGGGAGUUUUUCUGGGUUUUCAGUGAGAAGGUCCUGGUGUGUUUUGUAGUGAACUAGAGGUUCUUUACUGAAUUAUUUGGACCUGUGCUGAAAAAGCCCAGAUCUUAACUAACAGGUGACCAUACUUCAGUAGUCCAAGUGGCGCUGUCCUGUCUCCUGUCCUUCACCUGCACUUGUCAAAUUGUUAUGCUAUAGUGAGAGCCAGUUUGUCAUUUCCAACUUUAUCAUUGAUGACCUACCUAGAACACCUGAUGAGUUGCAAAUAUUUUUGUAAUUUGUGAUUGCCAAUUGAGUAAGUAACAAAAAACCUAAAGGUGCUGAAAAAAAGGUAUAAUUUGAAAUUGUUGUAAAAUUAUAGAAUAGAAGAUAAAAUUAUUUUCAAAUACCAGUUAACAUGUUUGUGCUCAAUCACACUGAUGCAAAUGAAGGACAUCAUUGCAGGAUAGAAGCUGCUCUAGAUGGUGAGACAAUAGCGACACAAAGAACCCUACAAGUUUUAAAACUGACACACUAAAUGUCCCUUUUACAGCCCUUUGUCUUUUCUGCAGAGCAACUGUAUGUUUAUGUACAGAAACAUUUGUCUUUUUCUAUGUGAGGCACACUACUCUCUAGGUAUUAACAGCUUAUACACCAUAAAUUUGUAACUUUAUGAUAACUGCCUUGAGUGUGUGUACUUGUGUACAAUGUGUAUCUGUGAAUUUUUUUUUGAGUUACUAUAUGAUACUUGGGGAACUCGUCUUAAAGUCGUCUUUUUCUUUCAGGCACCCAUAACUUGCAUGGUGAAAUGUUUACUCAGUUUCAUAUGUUUAAGAUAUAUACAUUUGCCAGGGCACCAUCACUAAAUCCCCUCCUCCUAGAUACAUGCACACACAUACUAGGAGUAUGCAGGACACUGUCCUUUACCUUGCACAAACUGGUUUGGGUAAUUGCACUCCUGAGGGGAUGGAUUCCCCUCAGGAGUGUUUGUUUUGGUUGAUAAGAGUGAUAGUAAAAGUCUGAAGUUUUUUUUUUUUUUUUUUGAAGAAUUCCUUGCAGUUAUCACUUUAUGGGGCAUAGUCAAGGUUUGAUACCAACUACAUAAAAACUGAGAAAGUUUAAGUUCGAAGGAGGUGCAAAUACAGUCACAAUCAUUCACAAUCAAUUUUGUAACUUUUUCAUGCCUGAAAGGUUAUAUAAAGUAAGUGACCUUCCUCUUGCUACACAUUGUUUGCACGUUACCAGCCUUAGUUACAGAUGUCUAAUGCCAUGACUCUCUAAAAAUAAUUUAGCAAGUGAUAACAGGUGCCAAGGAUCCAGAUACUAGAGAGGUCGCUGAAGUGGAUAAAGGCAGAGGACAGCAUUCCUAGCUUUGACGGAUGACUCCUGCUCAGCCCAUUUUUCAUGCUCUUGGCCUCCUUGUUGAGACAGUGCAAAGAGAGGAAAAGGCUCUCUGGAGCCACAGGUGUUCUGCCCCUGUGGAGGCUCCUGGGCAUGAGCUUGUAAAGGAAGGGGGACAAGUUUGGGUGUUAGGAAGUGUGGGAAAGGACUUUAGUUUUUGGAAAAGAUGAAGAAGUUGCCUUGGCGUUAGGCAUAUGCACAGCUUGGCAGAAAGGUGUUACAUUUUUGAGAGUCUGAAAUGCAUUAGGCCAUGGGAACUGAAAUACAUUGUAGGGUGUACACAUACCGAUAUCUGGAACUGCAGGAUUCCAUUACCCAUACCCCUCUACAUCCAUUAUACUUCUUCUAGAUGAAAUAGAGCAAUGGAUUCUUAAGUUCUUUAAGUCGAAAUAUAGUGCCCCAAAUAUUUUGAUACCAUAUCUUAACUAUGCAAAAAAAAUCAUUGUCAUACUUUAUUGAGGUCUGGUAAACACAGGAGAAAAGCUGUGCUAAAAUAUUUUUACUUGCUUUUUAAGUGCUUUGUGCAUUACAAAAAUUAAUCUGCCAGUUGACUUAAUGGGAUCGUUAAGGAAAAAAAUACGUAAGACAUAAAUGAUUUCAAACAACUUGUUACCUGUGUUUAUCAAAUGUGCAUAGUCAUUGAGGAUUUUUUUCUUUUGAAUUUUUCUUUGUAUAAAUCAUCUUACUGAAAAGGGAUUGAACGCUAGGCUUAUGUGUACACUCUUUACUGUAGAGGUUAAAAUGCGAGUGGCUUUGAGGUAUUUUCUGCUUAUUCGUGCAAAUGUGUUACUUUGGUGAUAUCUCUGUCUGCUAAUGUUUAAUAUCUAGAUUUGUGUAUUUGUGUAAAAGUCUGUUUUUAUUUGUCUUGAAAUCAGAGUGUUUAAUCUGGAUCAUAUGUGAGGAACUGUUUUUUGUUAGAAAGUUCAAACACCACAUAUCUUUUGUCUUUAUCUUUACCUAUUGUCAUGUAGUGAUAUGUUUAACAUCAUCUUUGUCCAUACAAAGUUCUUACUUUAUGGCCUGUUCAUUUAGUUAACCGCUUAAACCAAAGAAGUUUCCUUCAAAGCAGAAGAUUCCCUGCCACUUGUGUGGUGUUUAAAUGUACUCCUCCUGACACUUGUUUCAAGCAUCUGGUAAACAAACAGGCAUUUCCUUUCAAAAAUUUGUAUUGUAUACGUCAAUAAAGAUUUUAUAACAUUAAAA